AUGUCUUCUGCCGGGACCACGUCUCUUCCCAAAACCUACCAGGCCGCCUUCUUUGAGGCCAAGGGCGCAAAACUCACUCUCAAGGAUGUGAAGCUCCAAGAACCCGGCCCAGGCUAUAUACUGGUAAAGGUUCUCGCCUGCGGUGUCUGCCACAGCGACCGUUUUGUGCAACUAGGCCUGCUGGGAGAUUUGUUCCCUCGCGUACCGGGCCAUGAGGCGGUGGGAGAUGUUGUCGCUGUAGGCGAAGGAGUUACUCGCUUCAAGGGAGGAGAACGUGUUGGAGCGGCCUGGCAUGGAGGCCACGACGGAUCAUGCCGUUCAUGCCAGCGAGGAAUCUUCCAGCUCUGCAGCAACGGUGCAGUCAACGGCGUGACAAUGGACGGUGGCUUCGCUGAAUAUGUCCUGGUGCGCGCAGAGGCCGCUGUCCGGGUGCCUCCAGAGGCAGAUCCAGCUGAGAUUGCUCCUCUUCUCUGCGCCGGCGUCACCGUCUUCAACGCCAUGCGAAACAUGGGCGUGAUGCAAGGCGGACUUGUCGCCGUUCAAGGCCUCGGAGGGCUCGGCCACUUGGCGCUGCAAUAUGCUGCCAAAAUGGGAUAUACGGUCGCCGCUUUGAGCUCUGGCAGCGACAAGAAAGACUUUGCGACGCAGCUGGGCGCUCACCACUACAUCGACACGAGCACAGAAGAUGCAGUGACGGCACUACAGAAACUCGGAGGCGCCGACAUGAUUGUAUGCACUGCUCCGAAUAGAGAGGCCGUCAGUCCACUUGUUGGUGGUUUGGCGCCCUCAGGGAAGCUAGUCGUGCUGGCACCGCUUGGCCAAGUCGAGUUUGAUACCGUCUCGAUGGUCAUGAACGGCACCAGCGUCCAUGGAUGGAACUCGGGACACCAGCAGGAUUGUGAAGACGCCAUUGCUUUUGCGCAUACGCAUGGAGUCAAGUGUAUCGUUGAGAGGUUCCCGUUCUUGACGGGAUAUCAGGAUGCCUUUGAGAAGAUGGAAAGCGGCAAGGUUCGCUUCAGGUCUGUGAUGACUCUUGAGUAA